GGCGGCGGCGGGCCAGGCACGUUCACCUAAACGCUAUACUCCAACUCACUCUCUGUCACACGGUCGCAUCGCAUAAGGGGACGACGACGGAACUGACUUGUGAAAUGCACGCCAUGAAAGCUUAUAGCGACAGAGCCUGGCCGUGUCUGUAGAACACAUUUGUUUUAGCAUUCGCUGAGGAACAUUCACCAUGAAGAAGCAAAUCAUGUACAAACAUUCGUUGCCUUCAUUGCAAGAUUGGGAAAGCAAGAGACCAGCUGGGCCACCAUCAUCACUUCCAGUCUGUGUAAGUGCAAAGCCCUCGUGCGAAGGCUCCACGCUCCCAAGGAACAGAGUGCCUGAUGACUUCGAAGCUGUGCAGACUUUGCUGUCCUUCUCACAGCAGCAUGUGAUGAAGCAUGACAGCAACUUUUCCCACACUGCAAAUUCAUAUUUCCCUCCUUCCCCUCCAUCGUCACAAGGAAGUAUAUCACCAAUGUAUCAGUCACUGGAAUCGGAUGCAGAAGAGUCUGGCGACCACUCGCCUCACAAGAAGAGCAAGUUUUCCGAUUCAGACUUAGAAAAGGUAUUGACGAACCAAAUGGCGCUGCCCCAUAUGCCCUGCACUCCACCCCGUUCUCCCAGUCCUUCCUUCACUGGGUAUUGUUCGAGGUCUUCAACGCCCAGCUCAUUGGCAGGAGUUCCAGUAUCUGUAAUUGUGAAAGCAACGAGACAGCCAAAGCAACAUGAAAAUAAAUGUGCUGUUGUGGAGCCACUCAAAUCUCCUCCACAUCGCAUCGUGCACACUGCUCAAGAGCAAAUCUUCGUUUGCUCUAAGGAUACCGAUCGUGAGUUGGACGUCUCCUCCGUUUCUGGAAAUUCCAGCUCGCCAAUACUACCUGUUCUCCCUCCGGCAAGUGUUGAGCCUGCCUCUAAAACUAUGUCAAAGGGAAUGCAAAACUGCAAUAAGCUCGUUGCAAUAGCACCAAAGAUACCAUCUGUGAUCCCAGUUAAACCUGGUACUCCCAUUAUUUUGGCCCAAGUAAAUGGACCAUCAACAAUGAUUCCAGUGUCCAACCCCGGAAUAACUCAUCUCAUUGUAGCUCCUCAAGGAAGUCAAAUUUCUUCCAGUGUUUUUUCACCUUUGUUCAUUUCCGCUGGUCCAGUACAACAGGGCAGUCAAGAAGACAGAAGGAAAACAUUCGAGUGUCCAUUUCCAGAUUGUGAUAAAACAUAUUAUAAGUCGUCUCAUUUGAAAUCUCACAUGAGGUCACAUACAGGAGAGAAACCAUACAAAUGUUCUUGGGAAGGGUGUGAAAGACGCUUCGCCAGAUCAGACGAGUUAUCGCGUCAUAAAAGAACUCAUACGGGUGAAAAGAAGUUUGGCUGUCCCUCUUGUAGUGCCAAGUUCAUGCGUUCUGAUCACUUGAGUAAGCACAUGAAGCGUCACGCACUCCGGAGAAUUGGUGUACCUGUGGCCCCAAAGGUUUCCACUUUGGCACCUGCUAUUAGUUUUAUAGCUGUGCCUACAUUACCUCAGUGACCUGAUCUCAUUUCUGGUGUAUAUUAAAGUUCAGUAAGUGUUUAGUUUUAAUACAGUAUAGAGGGUAUGGAAUGGAAUGAAUCAGAAUUUUGCCCUUUUGUCAGCGGCAGAAUCCAGUUGAAAGUUGUCAGGUUCCAGUAGGUUU